AUGGACUCGACUGACUGUAUAGAUCGACUGCGACUUGCGAGAUCUCCCGCGCAGAUCCUCUCGGGUGCUGCGAACACUGUGAGUGGCUGGAUUCCGGAGGGCGUCAAGAAGCGUUGGCGCCAAGUGAAUACCUUCUUGCAGAAUCAUUUGCAAAACCCACCGACGGAUUAUUCUUCUGGGAAUAUUCCACUUGUGCCGAUCUCGGGGGUUUCUGGGAGAACUUCGCCCACUGCUGAGGAUUUCCGUAACGAAACGAUCGAGAGCCUGUUCGGUGCGGCGAAAACUCGAUAUUUCGGUGUUUCGGUAUUCGCCGACUACAUACAAACCAAGUGCUUUCGACUGGCAUCAAGACCCCCCCCGGAUAUCCAGAAUAAUGUGAGCCGCAAUGGCAGGAGCCCUACACACUCUGUCGACGACUUUUGGGAGUGGUGCUGCAAUCUUACUUCCGCGUUCAGGAAGCUACUGCUGGAAGGCCAGCCAAACUACAACCCGACCAUGCUAGAGGCUCUGUCACAGCUUAUGGAGGAGAGAGGUCAAAGCCUGGACGACAAAACAGAGCGGGAGAAAGCACUCGCUGCUACGGCAAUGAUGACGACUUUGGCUUGCAUCUCAACGGCGACUAUGCCGGAGUUGAAGGACUGCUCUCAAUCAGAUAACCACGCCAUGGAGACGGGUAGCGCAUGCGAGGUCUCCUUAUAUUUCGGAGAAAUGAACCGCCUGGGAGGUUGGUCUGCAGAUAUCCAACGAUCUGUCAGAGAACCAUUUGUACAUCUCCAUGAUGGCCUUCGUGAUUUUGAUUCCCCAGUGGAAUCUCCACCCGCCUUGUUAAUCAAUCUUCAGCCCAACCAAGAGGAUCUCCGUGACCGUCUUUCUCCCCGGACAGUGCCCGAAUCCAGCUUCUCCAUCAAUCCUCCAUCAACCCAGGGCGACCAUCACGACCCCGCUUCACCCGAUGCGCUUAAAUCCGGUGAUGAAAUCGAUCCCUCGCCAAAUCAACAGGCUAGCGCCGCCAGUACCCACGAUGAAUUGUUGUAUGAGGCCCGCAUCACCUUUGAGUCCUUGCAGAGAUUCGGCGCAAUCUCCCUGAAGUGGGUGGACACCUUGAGUGAACACUUGAAAUUCGAUCCGGGAGAACGUCAGCUUUCUGUUUUCCAAUUUCCGUCUGUCUGCGCGGCCAGAAUUGACCAGGCGAACCAAUUCCAGAUGGAUACGAUCAUUACCAACGCGGUCCUACAUCCUGGUCACGUUGUUCCAGAUGACAUGGGUAAUUUGCAGGAUCAACUUAAGUUGUACCAAGAGGUUUUGCUCACCUAUCGGGUUCUCUUUGGGCAGUCAUCCGGAUCGCGGUCGCUGCUUAAGAAGGAGUUGUCGAAGAAGAAAAAGCUGCAACCGCAGGGGGAAGACCCAACGUUGCGCUUUGUUGAUCCGUUCUUAUUGAAAUGCGCUACUGCGCUGCCAAAGGGACGGCCGUGGGAAUUCAACUGGGCGACGAAGGAGCUACCCCUUGACAGCAACCUGUUCCCCAAGGCUGCCCGGGGUGCUGACGGUCGCAUCCGCGAUUGGAACACGUACUCCUCUCGUGACCACUUUCCUGUCUAUGGAAAGAAGUUCCUUCUUCUGCAGGCAUUUGCCAACAAGCAUCCGCCGUAUUCGUUCUGGGACUACUACCAGGACCGCAGAUACCCCAAGGAACACUUUGAAUCUGUUGUUUUCCUACUGUUCUCGAUAGUUGGUACUGCCAUCACCCUUCCGCAGGCGAUCGCCUCAUUUGUGACAAUCGAACAGGCGUACGGCCAUUGA